UUAUUAAUAGCAUUGGUAAAUUCUUUGUUCUCUGUCAUUAAUCGUUUUUUUAACAUCACAGUUAAUUAGCUGGCUCCUCAUUAAGAGAAGGAUUCAAAUCUGCUUCCAGUUGCCCACAUGAUUUUUAACACCACUUCCUCCUCUUUUUUAAUUAAUUAAGCACCAGCAUUACUAUUUCAUAUCAUGAUUAAUUAGAGUUUGCUCUUUAUUAGACAAGGAAAUCCACAUCUGAUUUCCCUUCACCAGCCUCAUUUUAACCCCAUAGCCUCAUCUCUCUAAUUAACACCCAUCAUUCAUUUUUAAUAUCCUAAUUAAUUGCUUCCGAGUUAGACGCCCAAUUCCCUUCCCCUGGGCAGGUUUCUCCCCAGCACCCAUUUACCCAUCUCAAUAACCAAAGUCCCUCCCUUAAUAUUUAAUGUUUCUUCCUCUUAUCAACUGACCUAAUUAACCUCACUUGUUAAUUAUUUUUUAUAUAAAAAGUUAUCUAUUUGUGUCACGCGAUAGUUUUUAAAAUCUUGAUGCUUCAGGCAAAAUAUUUAGCUAUUCAUUCGUUAGCUGCUAACGAGUUGAUUUUAUUUAAUUACUCUGCCUCUGAAUUUUGUCUUGUUUCAACAGUGGAACAAAAAUCUGUGUUUUCCACCCUCAAAAAGCAGUCAAUAGGAUUUAUUAAGGCACCACACAAUUUGCAAUAUUUUGGGGUCCCACUGACUCUAUAAGAUAUUUGGGGGUUCAGCUGAAGCUAUAGGGUUUUUCAGGGUCCUAUUGACUCCGUAGGAUUUGUGAACGUCCCAUUUCAAUAGUGGAGAAGCCUCCUACAGGGUUGUGGGUUCUUUGAGGAGGCUGUUUUGGGGUCCCCCUAACUCCCCCAUCCCAGCACCACCAUGUUCUACUAUCCCAAUGUCCUGCAGCGCCAUACAGGCCGCUUUGCCACCAUCUGGCUGGCAGCCACGGGCGGCACCAAGCUGGUGAAGAGGGAAUAUUUGAAAGUGAAUGUACCCCAAACAUGCGAAGAAAUUCUGACCUAUAUUCUGGUGCAGGCCCCACCGCCCACCCCUGCCGCCCCCCGGCCCCGCUUCUCCCUCUAUCUCUCCGCCCAGCUGCAGUAUGGGGUAGUGCGGGUCUACAGCCGACAGUGCCACUACCUCAUUGAGGAGAUCCAACAUACUUUGGAGCGCCUGAGCCGGGCCCAGCAGCAGAUCCGCAUUGACAUGGGGGACCUCGAACAGCCGGGGCUGCUGCUCCCUGACAACCUGUUGUUGAUGGAGGCCCUAGAGGAUGCACCCGACCCCUUCUUCGGGGUGAUGGAGCCACCGCUGCCCAGCCCCACUGACAUCCCACAGAUUCAACAUAUUCUGGAGGCUCCCACCCCCCCAGAGAGACCUACCCCAUCCCCCCGGCGCAGGAGGCCAGAAGCACCCCCCAUCACGGUCGUGUCCCCCGAAAUUAUUACCAUGAAGGAAGUGGAGCCCAUCACUCUGCUGGAAAUCGAGGGCGAGCGCGACCUCCCGGAGAUCACAGCACGUGAGAUCGACCUGCUGGCCGAGCAGGAGGACUUUGUUUUGCCCCCUGCCUCACCCCGUGCCCCCCCCCGGAGACGCCCCAUGGAAGAGCUGGAAGAGAUAAGAGCCCGGGAGGCUGAGAUCACGGCCAGACUGUCACCCCCAACCCGGGUGGGUGAGGAGCCCCCAGCCGAGGUGGAGACCCCCACCCUGCCCGAGGAACUGGCUCGGCUGCCAAAGGAGGAGCUGCCCCCACUCCCCGAGCUGAGCCCCCCGAGGGAGCCAGGGCUGCCACCCCCUCCCCCUUCCCCAGCUGUGACCCCCAAGGUGAAGCGGAGCCCCCCACGCAGCCCGGAGCUGGAGCUGGCCGUAUACGAACCGGCCCCCCUGCCCACCCCCCGGCGCCAGCUCCGCUUCCUGGACGAGGUGACCCAGAUCCCGCGGGACCAGUUCAAGAAACAGAUCCUGGAUGUGCGGGCCCAGUGCCGGCCCCUGGUGGUGGUGGAGGUGCCAGCCCGGCAGCGGAGGACCCCUGCGGAGCUGCUAAGAGCCCCCACCUAUGGCUGGCUGCCCCCCGCACUGCAUGCCCUGUGGCAGCACUGUGCCAUCCUGCGGCCCGUGGACUACGCAGCGCUCUGGGCCGAGGAGGAGAGAAAAGAAGAGCCGGUCAGCGAACUGGAGGUUGCACGUGAAGCGCUAGAGCCCAGCAUCCCUGUGAUGGUCUCCUCAGAGAUCUCUCUGGAGACCACCGAGGAGGAGGUGCCACGCCCCAGCCUGGUGACCCCUGAGGAGAGAAGGCUGGUGCCGGAGCCUGAGGAGGCCCUGCCCAUCGUCCCUGAGCUGCCCGAAGUCAGCCUGGAGCUGCCCCCCGACAGAGACUUGAUCACGCUGGAGUACAUCCGCAGGUUGGUGGCAGCAGAGUUGGAGCAGGUCGGGGAGAUGGAUUUCUGGUCCCUGGUGCCCACCACGACCUCACGUGGCAUCGCCAGCCGCAUCUUCUACCUCUGCCUCGUUCUCUGUGGACUCCAGUUCCUGCAGCUGCACCAGACUGAGCCCUACGGGCCGAUUCUCCUCAAACGUGGGGCCCGAUUCCGCACAGGCUAGAGCUCCUGGUGUGGGGGUAAGAGGCUCCCCCCUGCCGACUGGGGCACAUUUGUCUUCCUCUCCCCCGUUACAAAUCUGUUCUAAUUAAAGUGUUUUG